AUGCCUGCACAUGAACUCACAUUGAUGGCUCACUACAGUCAGAAUCUACAACUCACUAUCCAUCCCACGACCAUGUCUGAAAUGCAAGAAAAUCCCACACCUGUUGACCAAUCCUCACCAGCUAUCGCAUCGACCAUGUCUGAUGUGAAGGAAACCCCAACCGCUCCUGACCAAUCCUCAUCAGCUAUCCCAUCGGUCACGUUUGAUGUGAUAAGAACCAUUCCUGACCUCGACAAAUCUCCACUCUCAAUCGCCCAGGCCACCAAGGAGAUGAAGCGACCUCCCCCCAUCGACACCACACGUAACUCCACCAUCGACAUUGCAAAAAUCACCCCACCAGGUCAGACCGACAAGUUUCCCAAGGAGGCUUUAGGUACCUACACCCCCAAAAACGCACCCGUGACAGACGCCAUGAUCGAACGCACCUACCAAAGCAUUCUCCGAGGGGACUUCGGUAUCGACCUCAAUGCUUUCAAGCCCGACGAGAACGACCCGGAUUACGAUGUACGAAGGCACUUGUCGUUGGUGCAGCUGGCGCUAUUGGCGACGAUGCAGGACGACCACCAGGAAAGGAUCAUCGAGGCCAUCCGCGAUGACGCCGAGGGUAGUGUCUUCUGGAAGGGACCUGGUAGUGAGGAUGCUGGGAUCGGGUGGCGGAAAGAUGAUGAGGAGUUCAAGGCUGAGAUCUGUAGGCAGCGUUGA